UUGUUGGAGGAAUAUGAACAUAUGUCCUUGGUACGGAAGGGAUAUACACCCCAUUUGAAAUGUAAUUUCUUGUCUUGCUGCUGUACCUGUUUUUCUAGUUGGAUUUUGUUCUUCAGGUCACCUACAAGAUGCUGAGCCAGUUCCUGGGCAUUCAUGUCAACCAGGCAAAACAAAUGCUUUUUUACUAUGUGGAGCGAAAGCGGAAAGAAAAUUCUGGAGCCCAGCUCCAUGUGACGUAUCUCGUGUCAGGGAAAGCAGUCGAAAAUGGAAUGUCGUGUCACAAGGUAGCAGUGGUGAGAGAAGAUCAGCUGGAAGCAGUGAAAAUGAAGAUGCUGGUGACUGCUAGUGUCCACGUUUACAGCAUUCAGAAAGCAGUGUUGAAGGAUAGCAGUCCCCUGUUCAACACUGAUUAUGAAGCAAUCAAGGAAAAUCUUCAGAACAGCAAUAAGUACAGUGCUAUUCGAUGUGCUGGUGCUGUUCCUCGGUCAGCAGAGGAGAUGGCUCGACUGCAGAAGUCAGUGCAACAGUCCUCUUGGUGUUCAAAUGAGAUGGACAGCAGCAGCAAACCCAUUGUUAAUGGCAACAUGCGCACGGCCCCUAGAAAUGUUCCUCAGCAGCCCAAGGGAAUCAUGGGGAUGUUCUCUGCCAAAUCCACUGCCAAGACACAAGAUAAAGAGGUGAAAGGGGAGCCUGUCGUGGUCAAAGAUGCAGAAACUGCUGCUCCUUCAGGGAGUAAAACAACAAACAAAGGGAACAGCUUCACCAACUUUUUUCUGAAAGCCAGUGCUAAGAAAGGUUCAUCUCCAUUCAGUCAAGCCACCGAGGAAGAAGACCUUCCGGCCAAAUCCACUCAGGAAAACCCAGAGAAAGGGGAUAUCCCUGCAGUUGAAGAUAGCACUGUCAAACCUGUAUCAGACAGAGACAGAGGGGGAGAUGGAGAGAGGUCCCCCACAAGCAUGGCUUCAGCACAGAAGUCACAAGCAAAUCAGGAGAAAAUCCAGACAAAGAAGGACACAGCGAACAAACAACAACAAAAAGAUGGACAAAGCAGCAAGAAAACCAAGCGCAAUAUUCCAUUUACCAGUGAGGAGCAGGAGCCUUGUAAUAAACGGAGGAGGAGGAUCAGACAGCCUCAGUCAGACAGUAGUGAUGACGAAGUAAUCCCAGACUCUCCUGAAGCUUGUGGUAUAAGGACUCCAUCACCAUCCCCUGAAGAAUCAACUAGGGAAGAGGAUACAUCACCUCAGUGCCUUGCAGACAUUGAGAUUAAGCCACCAUGUUGGGAAAAUGCAGAUGGAUCUGAGAAAGCAGUGGGAGUGAAACGUAGGAGACGGCGACGAGUUCUCAAAUCCAAGAUGUUUCUGGAUGAAGAGGGUGCUAUGGUGACAGAAAAGGUUUAUCAGAGUGAGUCGUGCACUGACAGCGAGGAUGAGUUUGUGGCGAAGCAACAAGAGUCGAAGAAUCUCUUGGGACCCAAACCUAACACCGCAAAGAGCACAUUGGGAAGCAAAGACCAGCUAAAGGAGCACAAGGAUAAGAAAGCAUCAGCCUCCAGUAGGGCAGGCAAGCAGGCAUCCAUCAUGGGAUUCUUCAAAAAGGCUGUUUAGGAGCACCUUCCAUCUGGUCUCAUGCUGACCCAACCUAAAUCAACCAGUAUUGAAUGUGCGUCAACAGUCAUCGUGGACAGACAUUGAGAUCCAAACCAAAGUCUGAAAAGCUAACCAUUGGCUCUCGGUUUAUUUGAAACAAGCUGUAAACAAGAAGAAAACUUGGUGCUGGACAAAUCAGGUGUUGAGAAAGGUCACCGUUAACUGAGCAGCUCACAUACCUUGAGUGGCACUCCAUUUGGAGUGAAGUUACCUCUAGAGACAAUUUCUCAUUGCACACUUAAACAUUGUAUAUUACUGUCCAGAGUCUUUAUGCUCUGUCACUGCUUUGGGAAUAAUCUUCAAACUUUAUUCUAUAUGGUACUACUACUUGGUAUUUCAAUGGGAUGACAUCGACUAACUGGAUCUCUUCAAUUCUCUGAAGUGAUAAUCACUAACAGUGUUUCAAAUAGAAGCCUUUGCAUGUGAUAGUUACAGGACCAUGGGGUUGGGUUUUAACCAUCUCCCUGGCUGAGUCUGUUUCAGCAGAGGGUAUUUAAAAAGUGAUUGUGAUCAAAAACAGAAGAGAAAAAAAGGCCUGGUUGUUUGUUUUUGAAAAGCAACUUUUGUGAACAAUUUCAGGUGAGUUGAGGUUUUUACAUUUGGGAGGAUAAGCUUCUUUACUCUGUAUGCUGCCUCGGCCUCUACUGUUACAACAGGUGUUACUGAUGUACAUUGCUGCCUUGUACACUGUUUUGUGUCCUGUUGAAAUAUCUCAAUAGUCCUGUAAAGUCCUCUGAGAAGGUUAAGGGAUUUUAAGCAUUUUUUCUGUAGUGCUGCUCUUGUCCCCAGCAUGUUCAACAUUGGGAACAGUUUGAUAGUUUCACAACAAUCCAUGAUUAACUUUCCUGCCUCACCCUCUAUGACCAGGGAGAUGUCUAUAGAUUUUAGAGGGCAUUACAAUGUUGUUUGCACAUUUUCCACAAGUCACUGGACAGUGAACACGAGUACAACAAAAUUCAUUUAGUUUUAUUUUCCUUAAUUUGGCACUAAACCCAGCAUACUUAUUGCCCCAGGUAAUAUAAGCUAUGCCUUCCCACUCUGAUUCUGAUAUGUAACCUAGUCUGUAUGGCUCCUAUGUUUGCACCAGAUGAUUACAUUUAUUUACUGAGAUUACCCCCACCCCACAUCUCAAGUGAGCUCUAAGGAAUGCUUUCAGUGACUGUCUGCCGUUGUCUAAAUACAACUUCUGAGACAGGACGUUAAGUUCACAUUUUCAUUUUACUGUCUGAAUUAAAGAAGUUUAUCCUAACUCUCAA